AUGUCAGUCAGCGUCCACGAGAACCGUAAAUCCCGGACGAGCACCGGCUCCAUGAACAUCUUGCUUUUCCACAAAGCUUCCCACCCGGACUGUGUGUUGUCCCAUCUGAACACCCUGCGGAAGCACUGCAUGUUCACCGAUGUCACCCUUUGGGCAGGAAACAGGUCGUUCCCAUGUCAUCGGGCAGUGCUGGCUGCCUCCAGCAGGUACUUCGAAGCCAUGUUUAGCAAUGGCCUCCGGGAGAGCCUGGAUGAUGAGGUGAACUUCCAUGACAGCCUCCACCCAGAGGUGCUGGAGCUACUGCUGGACUUUGCUUAUUCCUCUCGGAUCAUCAUCAAUGAGGAGAACGCCGAGUCCCUCCUCGAGGCUGGAGACAUGCUGCAGUUCCAUGACGUCCGAGAUGCAGCGGCUGAGUUCCUGGAGAAGAACCUCUACCCUUCCAACUGCCUGGGCAUGAUGCUGCUCUCGGAUGCUCAUCAGUGCCGCCGGCUCUAUGAGCUGUCCUGGAGGAUGUGCCUGGUCAACUUUGAGACUGUUCACAAGAGCGAGGACUUCAACAACCUUUCCAAGGACACUCUGCUGGACCUCAUCUCCAGUGAUGAGCUGGAAAUUGAAGACGAAGAAAAGGUCUUUAAGGCUGUCAUCCAGUGGGUAAAAUACGAUCUGGAUGAGCGGAAGGCUUAUCUCCCAGAACUGCUGAGGAACGUUCGUCUGGCCUUGCUUCCUUCUGAAUGCCUCAAGGAAGCCUUGGCUUGUGAGGACUUGAUCAUGGUGGAUGAAAGGAACAAGAUUGUCUUGGACGAAGCUAUUCAGUGCAAGAAGAAGAUCCUCCAGAACGAUGGGGUAGUCACCAGUCCCUGUGCCAGGCCUCGCAAAGCUGGGCACACCUUGCUGAUCCUGGGAGGACAGACCUUCAUGUGUGAUAAGAUCUACCAAGUGGAUCACAAAGCAAAGGAAAUCAUCCCCAAAGCAGACCUGCCAAGUCCACGGAAGGAGUUUAGUGCUUGUGCCAUUGGCUGCAAAGUAUAUAUCACUGGAGGCAGGGGCUCGGAGAACGGGGUCUCAAAAGACGUAUGGGUGUAUGACACAGUUCAUGAGGAAUGGUCAAAAGCUGCCCCAAUGUUAAUAGCUCGGUUUGGACACGGCUCGGCUGAAUUGGAAAACUGCCUGUAUGUGGUUGGUGGACACACUGCGGUAGCUGGAGUCUUCCCUGCGUCUCCUUCUGUCUCCUUGAAGCAAGUAGAGAAGUACGAUCCCAUAUCCAACAAAUGGACGAUGGUGGCUCCUCUGAGAGAUGGAGUGAGCAACGCUGCGGUGGUGAGCGCCAGGCUCAAGCUUUUUGUCUUUGGUGGGACCAGCAUUCACCGAGACAUGGUGUCCAAAGUGCAGUGCUAUGAUCCAGCUGAGAACCGGUGGAUGAUCAAAGCCGAGUGCCCACAGCCCUGGCGCUACACGGCAGCCGCUGUGCUGGGCAGCCAGAUCUUCAUCAUGGGAGGAGACACCGAGUUCACAGCAGCCUCUGCCUAUCGCUUCGACUGUGAGGCGGACCAGUGGACACGCAUUGGGGACAUGACAGCCAAGCGCAUGUCGUGCCACGCUUUGGCUUCGGGGAAUAAACUCUACGUGGUGGGGGGUUACUUUGGCACUCAGAGGUGCAAAACGCUGGACUGCUACGACCCUACGUCGGACACGUGGAACUGUAUCACAACGGUGCCUUACUCGCUCAUCCCCACAGCUUUUGUCAGCACCUGGAAGCACUUGCCAUCAUGAUGGGGGUCAGGGCGCAGGCGCUUGUAUCCAGGAGGUCAGCAAGAUGCCAGAGUCACAUCCAUGUCCCCUGUCUCUCUGCUGGAGCCGACACAGUGACCAAAUCCCC